AUGGACCUACCGGACUCAUCUCAAGAGCAUAUUAUACAUGCUCCGCGACCGUUUCGCCCCAGUCCGCAGACUGUUUCUUUGAUCCAGGCUUAUCUGCGUUCGAUUGAAGCUUACAAUUCGCCGAUGCUACGAAUGUCCGACGCGCAACUAACCAGAUCUAUGGGAAUGGGAGAAGUCAUUCGAGAAUCUGUCAUAUCCAUCGUACACUCCAAACCGCCGCUAACCGAAGAACAGCUGCAACAACUGCAACAGCAGCAGGCAGCACCUACAGAAUCCUCGACGAACGUUUCGACAAUUGUUUCAACACCACCGCCAAUUGUUGCGCCCAUCGUCACCUCAGUCAUAAUGUCGGGGAGAAAGAGCCCGGAAAAUAGAAAACGUCAAUGCUGCAUCGUGCUCCCAAAAUGCGCCAUUUGUAACGAUAAAUCAUCGGGACUCCAUUAUGGCAUCUAUACGUGCGAAGGUUGCAAAGGGUUCUUCAAGAGAACGGUGCAGAAUAAGAGAGUCUACGAGUGCGCCAACCGCGUCGGACAGUGUACGAUUGAUAAGAAGCACAGAAACAGGUGCCAAUAUUGCAGAUUCCAAAAGUGCCUUCGCGAGGGUAUGGUAUUAGAAGCUGUGCGUGAAGAUCGCAUGCCUGGUGGACGAAACGGAUCGGCAAUCUAUAGCAUUUACAAAUCGCGCCGUAUCAAGUCUGUGACGAAGCCUGAGUCGCAGAACGAGCAGCGCCACCCAAUUCGCACAUUGCCAACCGGAAAUAAUCUGAUUCAAGAGCUAGUUGAAAUGGAUUGCCUCGAUCGUCUCAUCAACCUUCGUGGCCUUCGUAUCAACCCAGCUACCAAUUGUGAUAUCACUCCGGCUUGCAGUCGUUUGACAAGAAUAGGCGAUGAGAUUGUUGAGCAACUUGUCGAGUGGACCAAGACGUUGCCAUUUUUUGACGAGCUUCCAGUUGAGGCUCAUACUCAUCUUUUGACUCAGCGUUGGGCAGAAUUGGUUCUUCUAUCGGCUUGCUACUAUGCUUGCUCGGUCUAUACUCCAGAUUCUCCGGAUUCUACGUCAAUGAUCACUGAAACCGAUGAGAUCUCGUUUUCGAACCCAAUCGUCAACUUGCGUUUACUUCAAAAUCGUCUUUCGGCUGUUAUGGGAAAAGCAAUUCCUCUCGAGCACGUUGUCAAGGAGGCCGGCCCAUUAGUCAUUCGAUUCACCGAUCUCCUCAACUCAUUCUCGCGUCUCAAAGUGUCACCAGAAGUGUACGUCUGUGUCAAGGCUAUCACCCUUCUUCAUCUAACCACCACAACUCUCAAUGAAAACGUUGUCAAGAAGAUUAGUUUACUUCAAGAUCACUUUGUGAAGACCCUUCAGAUUCACUUGCUUCAACCAGAAGAGCAAACUAAACUCGGACAAAUUCUUGAAUGGCUUCCUGACCUCCGCAAUGCUUCAUCGGUUCUUCUCCACUCAAAGAUGUUUUACGUUCCAUUCCUACUCUGCAAGAACCCGCGUCGUCUUGUGUUCGAAGAGUAA